GAGGUCGAUCAGCUUACACUCAGGAAAACUUACACCAGACGUCCUACUCGACGGUACUCCAUCAAUCCACCAACAAGAUGGCGGCGCUGAAGACUUUCAUGUUUCUGGUUAUACUCAUCACUCCCAGGGUGUUGGCUGGCUUGGCGCUCCUUCGUCAGGGUGGCACUGCUACUGUGGUUGGAGAGGGUGGCACUCGGAGUGUUGGCGGCAGUGACACACGCUUCACGGUGACCACAAGAGACACAGGAACAGAUGACGUCAGCCGAGGUGUGGGUCGAGGCCGCAGUAGUGAGGAGCCAGCUGUUACCUUCAGCAACAUUGGUCCAGAUGUUGGUAGUGGUGACAAGGUCGACCAGGGUGUUGGCAGCAGCGGUCAAUUCGUUGGUCAGGGUGUUGGCGGCAGCGGUCAAUUCGUUGGUCAGAGUGUUGGCGGCAGCGGUCAAUUCGUUGGUCAGGGUGUUGGCAGCAGCGGUCAAUUCGUUGGUCAGGGUGUUGGCGCAGCGGUCAAUUCGGUGUUGGCGGCAGCGGUCAGAUUCGUUGGUCAGGGUGUUGGCGGCAGCGGUCAAUUCGUUGGUCAGGGUGUUGGCGGCAGCGGUCAGUUCGUUGGUCAGGGUGUUGGCGGCAGCGGUCAAUUCGUUGGUCAGGGUGUUGGCGGCAGCGGUCAAUUCGUUGGUCAGGGUGUUGGCGGCAGCGGUCAAUUCGUUGGUCAGGGUGUUGGCGGCAGCGGUCAAUUCGUUGGUCAGGGUGUUGGCGGCAGCGGUCAAUUCGUUGGUCAGGGUGUUGGCGGUCGAGGACUCGGCAGUAGUCAGGUCAGACGGGUGGAAGCCUUAAUCACGCCCACUGUCACCCAGACUGUCACAGUGGACAGGUUCGUGACCUUGACUGACCUGGCCUUCCACAGCGUGGCGGUGACCCUGACUGACCUCAGAGUACAGACCAUCACGGUCGGGACACACGCGGUGGUACAAACUCCCGUCGACGACCACGUCGCCCUCCAGACCACGGUAGUUGUCAGGCCCACUUCGGUCACCGUCACUUGUGUUAAGUCUGACUUUAAGUUGGUGACGGAUGUGGCUGUAGACCACGUCACCAUCAUCCACACCUCUUACGUCAUCCGUCAGACCACCGUCACCACCCUCGUCACACAGACGCUGACCUACACCUCCACGCUGGUCCGCACCAUCAUCAACACCCAGAGGACCACCUUCACAGACUUCCGCACCAUCACAGACACCGUCUUCGUCCCCGCCGUCUACAACCACUAAUAGAUGCUGUAACCUGCUGUAAAUCUAUCCAUAAGACUAUAUAUGUUACAUAUUUCCUGUAGUAUAUAAGACAAUAAAAGUU